AGUGACGUCACCUCGAGCGAGAAGGAAGCGGAGCGCUCUCUGGAAGCUGUCACACAGUAGUUGUGGCGAAAGCAAGAGAAACCCUUUCCGCACGCGCGCACCCAACUGUUGCGCUACACGGACAAACGGCACGGCAGAAAAACAACGGCAUACUUAUUUGACAGCAACUUUAACAUACUCUGCGGGGAAUUAUUCUCUCCUGUUUCUGUAAUGGCUGAUGUCAUACAAAGCAACGAGCAAUCCUCAUCUGACGUUGAAAAUCGAUUCGCCCGUAAAGGUGCUUUGAGGCAGAAAAACGUCCAUGAAGUGAAAAACCACAAAUUUAUUGCCAGGUUCUUCAAGCAGCCGACUUUCUGCAGUCACUGCACUGAAUUUAUUUGGGGGUUUGGAAAGCAAGGAUUUCAGUGCCAAGUGUGCUGUUUUGUGGUCCAUAAACGUUGCCAUGAAUUUGUUACAUUCUCAUGCCCUGGAGCUGAUAAAGGGCCAGACACAGACGACCCUAGAAGCAAGCACAAGUUUAAGAUCCACACCUAUGGCAGUCCCACGUUCUGUGACCACUGUGGAUCUCUUCUGUAUGGACUCAUACACCAAGGGGUGAAAUGUGACUCCUGUGAUAUGAACGUCCAUAAGCAAUGUGUGAUGAAUGUGCCAAGCCUUUGUGGCACGGACCACACAGAGAGACGAGGACGUGUUUACUUGAAGAUCGAGGUGAUAGGAGACAAAAUGCAUGUCACAAUUGGGGAAGGCAAGAACUUGAUUCCAAUGGACCCGAAUGGAUUGUCUGAUCCAUAUGUAAAACUCAAGUUGAUUCCAGACCCUAAACAUGAGACGAAACAGAAAACGAAAACCAUCCGUUCUUCCCUGAAUCCGGCUUGGAAUGAGUCAUUUACAUUUAAACUGAAGCCAACAGAUAAGGACCGUCGGCUGUCUGUGGAGGUGUGGGACUGGGACAGAACCACCCGUAAUGAUUUCAUGGGCUCAAUGUCGUUUGGUGUGUCUGAGCUCAUGAAAUCCUCAGUGUGUGGAUGGUUUAAAAUGUUAAACCAGGAGGAGGGGGAGUACUACAAUGUGCCUAUUCCAGAUGAAGAUGAUGAGAAUACUGAGCUCCGACAAAAGUUUGAGAAAGCCAAAUUGGGUCCAGGCAAAAAAAACAUCACCAAUUUGGAUGACAGUGGGUCCACUUUACCCUCAAGCAGUUUGGACAGUGUCAAGCUCACAGACUUUAAUUUCUUGACAGUAUUGGGAAAAGGCAGUUUUGGAAAGGUGAUGCUGGCUGAGAUGAAGUCUUCUGAUGAGCUAUAUGCUAUAAAGAUCCUGAAGAAGGAUGUGGUCAUCCAGGAUGAUGAUGUUGAAUGCACCAUGGUUGAGAAGAGGGUUCUGGCUCAACAGGACAAACCUCCAUUCCUCACACACCUCCACUCCUGCUUUCAGACUGUGGAUCGUCUGUAUUUCGUGAUGGAGUAUGUUAAUGGUGGUGAUCUGAUGUACCACAUCCAGCAAGUGGGCAAAUUUAAGGAGCCACAAGCAGUGUUCUACGCUGCAGAGAUUGCUGUUGGGCUUUUUUUCUUGCACAAGAAAGGAGUCAUAUACAGGGAUCUGAAAUUAGAUAAUGUCAUGCUGGAUGCAGAGGGACAUAUUAAGAUUGCAGACUUCGGUAUGUGCAAGGAGAAUAUUGUGGAGGGUGUGACCACCCGUACAUUUUGUGGAACGCCAGACUACAUUGCUCCAGAGAUAAUAGCAUAUCAGCCUUAUGGCCGUUCUGUGGACUGGUGGGCUUAUGGAGUCCUGCUGUACGAGAUGCUGGCUGGACAGCCUCCAUUUGAUGGUGAGGAUGAAGAUGAACUUUUCCAGUCCAUUAUGGAGCACAACGUCUCCUACCCUAAAUCCAUGUCCAAAGAAGCAGUUUCCAUCUGCAAAGGGCUGAUGACAAAACACCCUUCAAAGCGUCUGGGCUGCAGCCUAGAUGGGGAGAGAGAUAUUCGGGAACAUGCUUUCUUCCGUCGGAUUGACUGGGAACGUCUGGAAAAUAGAGAAAUACAGCCUCCAUUCAAACCCAAAGUGUGUGGAAAAGGGGCAGAGAACUUUGACAAGUUCUUCACACGCACACAGCCACAGCUGACCCCUCCUGAUGAGCUGGUUAUCGCCAACAUCGACCAGGCUGAAUUUGAUGGAUUUUCCUUCAUCAACCCUCAGUUCGUCCAUCCUUCCGUCAUCAACAGUGAAUAAAAUGGGAAAAAGAGGGAAUGAAUAUGAAUCUACCUACUACCCUCAAACUCUGCCCUUGCCUUUACCCUUUUAUCUAACAAAUGUUAAACCAAAACCACAGUUAUCUCUAAUUGUCAUGUCUUUUUUGUUUAAAAAUCUAGCAAUUCUUUAACACAUUUUUCACAUGUUCAUUAACAAUUUCAAUGUAGGCCAGUCGAAGAGUUUACCUUUAUGGUUGAAAAUAGAUUGAAAGAUUAAAACAAAAAAAACUGAGUAACACUUAAACUCUGGUUAGGAAGGGCUGUUUACAUUACAAACUGAUUGUCUGACUUAGUGCAGACCAGUUUUUAAAAGUCUAGGAGACCAUCUUAUCUCAGCCGCUGGUGGCUGAUACAGCAUGAUUUCACCACGUAUAUCCUGAUUUUGCUGAGUUGUGUUCAUAUUUUGUUGACCCUGGAACAACAUUUUAAUCCAAAAAUGUAGUCUUGACCAUAUCCCUACACCUAAACUUAACCUUAACCAUGAGUAUUCCCUAAAAUCAGAGGAAAUGAUAGAUGAAUGACACUGAUGUCCAAGCACCAAAACACUGAUUGUAGGCCUAAACUUCACAAAAACUAUAAAUUGGUUCUUCAAGUCUGAUUGGUUAAUCACAAUGUUGUUCCAGGGUCAACGAAGGUGUUGAUCCAGGAAAAUGUCGUACUUGGUAAAAUCAGGUUCUGCAUUUCACCACAUCUACCCAAAGCCCAAUAACAAAUAUAGAGUUGUGUGCUUCCUAAGACAGUCUUCCCAUUCAGGAUUUCUAAAGGUAAUCACCAAAGCCAAUGGGGUUUCUGUCUUCCCCUUAGCACUAUACCAAUUUAUCUAUUUACAGAAUUACUUCUGGUGUGCUUCAGUACUCACUUCUGGAGUCUCCGGUGUUUUCUCAUUGUAAGUGUCGUUAAAUGUUUUAAAUAAUAUACUAAACAUCUCUCAGUCUAAUAUUUGCACAUAUUUCAGGUAUGACAUGACAACUUGGCACACCAGUUUAACAACUUGUUUGCAUUUUUUGUUUGUUCUAUAGUAAAAAAGCAUGCCAAGAGUUUCUGCUACUCACAAGCCGACAGAGCUGUAGAUUCGUGAGAUGUUAUGAUAGGUUUCAUGUUUCAAGAUACCCAUAUAUUACCCAAAUGACAGAAUAAUAAAGGUAUUACCUCGUUAUCCCUUUAA